AUGGAGGACAAUGAAUAUUCAGGAUACUGGGAGCCUCCUCAUAAGCGUUCCUGCUGUGCAAGAAGGGGGACACAGCUCGUGCUGGUGGGGUUGCUGAGUACAGCAAUGUGGGCUGCCGUGCUGACCCUGCUUCUUCUGUGGCAUUGGGAAACGGAGAAGAAUCUGAAACAGCUGGGAGCUGCCGCCGUACAGAAUGUCUCUCAUGUCUCCCAGGACUUACAAAGAUACCAGAGUAAUCAGUUGGCCCAGAAAUCCCAGGCUGCUCGGAUGUCACAAAGCAUGCAAGAGCUCCAAACAGAACAGAAGCAAAUGAAAACUCAGGAUUCUGAACUCUCCCAGAACCUGAACAGACUCCAGGAGGAUCUAACCAAUAUCGAAUCCCAGAACUCUGAGCUCUCCCAGAACCUGAACAGACUCCUAGAGGAUCUAAUCAACAUCAAAUCCCAGAGCUUGAAUGAGAAGCGUACAGCCUCAGAUUCUCUGGAGAAACUCCAGGAAGAGGUGGCAAAGCUGAGGAUAGAGAUGCUACUAUCAAAGGGUGAGUCUGACUUACCACCACAGUGGUGGCCUGAACAGCAGCCACCACCGCCGGGCUUGUGUGAAAAAUCGUCCUUGGGCGAGAGGAUGGAUUUUGCCCACACCAGAGCUGGGUCUCUCCUGGGGCUGAACGCCAGCAGAGAAACUGAGGCAAAGCAGCCCUCGACAGCACCCUGCACCCUGGAGGGGACCCUCGAGGUACCCGACGUGGGGUCGCGCAGACAAGGUGUCGGCAAGACCCACUCCAGUCCUCCGCGGCCACAGUGCCACAGGCGCGUUGCUCUGCGGGACCUCGACGCCCACUCCCGCCUUUUUGCCUCGGUGCGCGAUGCCCGCUAUGGCCCGUGCGACCCCGCCGUCCCUCUAGGCAGAACCGCCGUGCAGUUAGGACGGUGCCAGGUGCCAGGGGCGAGAGUCAGUCGGCGCUGCUCUUGCUCCUCCUGCCAGGGCCCUCGGGAGACCUCAUCACCAUCCCCACCCACACUUGUCCCCUGCUAA